AUGCGUCGACACGGUGAUCAUCGGUAUGCGCCCGAGUCGACUACAUUUGCGGACCAGACACUGAUUACAAAUACAGGCAAUGGCCCAUCUGCCCUCAUCCUCUCCUACAUCCUGCAUGGCCACAUUCCCUACUACGUCGGCGGCCAUCAUGACGCCAUACUCGACGCAAAACUCCAGAACGCGCCUAAUCUUCUCCACCUAACCCCAGAUCUCUACGCGCAUUUCCUCUCCUCACUUCGCUACUCGACCCAGGCGCUACCCGUCAAUACGCUUCUCGAUACCCUCAUUCGCCCAAAUGCCGACACUGAGUUGAAUCCCAAAUCAUGCAUCGAAUGGCGGUACGAGCCUGACAAGGCCAUCUCACAUCUUGCCAUUGGAGAGACUGUACAUGCAGGGGGACAAUGGGCCGAAGAUUUGCCCUCUGCGAGCGCCGACAUAGGCACGCUAAGUUAUGCCGAACAGCUUAGCCUACCAGGUUAUUCAUAUACAGACCAUCUGGCUAGAACCGGCAAGACAGAUGAAGCGGAAUUUAUACGUCCGUCAAGGACUGAAGUCGCUGACUACCUCAAGGUCUAUCCAGAUGCAGUAGGUAUAUCCGACUGCGUGCUUACGGGGCUCAAGGUCGACAAUGUUUACCGCACCGUCAAGGGCUUCUCAAUCGGCAGUCUCGGAAUCCGAUGCAGGCACCUUGUAUUAGCAUCUGGCAUCUUUACGGUCAACAUUCCACCUCCUCCACUGCUCGCACCCAUCUCACAACUAAAUUUGCCCGAAGCGCCAUUACUCGUUAUUGGAUCAGGAUUUUCCGCUGCAGACGUCAUCAUUUCGGCGCCGCCAAGACGUAGGAUCAUACACGUCUACCAGUGGAAUCCUGAAAAGCGCCCGUCUCCACUCCGAGGGUGUCAUCAUACUGCUUAUCCCGAGUAUGCCACUGUGUAUCGCCAGAUGAAGCUUUCGGCAAUCGCAUCUUCGAAAAAGACCAAAUCUGGACGACCCGCCUAUGCAAGGAGAAGAUCGAGCGCCUUCCAGCAGCGAGACUGGACGCUUUACGAAGGCUUACCUGGCGCAGAAGUUGUUGGUGCAUACAGGUCUGGGGAUGUGGCCAAAGUAGAACUACGGUUAUCUUCGGGUGACAUUGUUACACGUGAAGUAGGUGGCUUGGCUUAUGUCGUGGGAAGGCGCGGCACACUCGACUUUCUGUCUCCAGAGUUACAAUCUGAGGUGCUGAGUGCACCUGACAAUGUACCGGUCGAAUCAUUGUCAGACAACCUAAUCUCGGGGCGCACACUUCGCGCAAAAGCUGAAGCAACCUCGCUCGAAGUCGCUAGGGACGUUUUUAUCACCGGAAGCCUCACAGGCGACUCUCUGAUUAGACACGCAGUCGGUGGUUGUGUUUUCGCAGCUGGCCGCAUCCUUGGGGCUAUACCAAGCAUGUACCCAUCUGACAAUACCCUCUCACCAGCUUUAUCAACACCCCGGUCUGCAUCACCAGUCUCCAACUCUGACGCCGAAGCUGCCGCGUCGGAAAUUAGUCCUAGUCCACCAAGACCACGGACUGGGCAACGAACACCUUCUGAGCUGACAAAUGGCCAUGAAGACUUGCAUCUUGACCGACGGAAACUUUUCCGUGCUGUAGAGACGGCGCAUGCGGAGAAUAGGUCUUGGGUUGAUUCUGGAUGGUGGGCUGGUGGGCUAGGGCCUGGACGGCAUUGA